AUGACUAAACUUGAUCUUAAUCAAAUUUUUGAUAAUGGAGUAGAUAAUAUUAUACAAUUUAUUAAAACUGAUUUAGAACUUUCAACUAAAUCAGAAAUUAUGCAAAGAAUUGCUGAUCAAUGUCGUGAUGAUGAAAAGUUUAGACAAAUUUAUGUCAAAAAAGAAAUUCUUGAAUUUAUUAUUGGUUUAUUAAAUUGUGAUAACGAACAUUCUGCUCUUCAGGCAUGUCGUUGUAUUGUUAAUUUAACAUAUUAUAAUGAACCAGCAAGAAAUAUAUUACUUGAAAUAGGAGGAGAUAAAUUAAAAAAUAUUUCACUUAUUAUUGAAAAAUUUCCUAAUUUAAGACUUGUUGGAAUUAGUGCUUAUGCUAACCUCUUUGAAUCAUGUGAAAAAUUACAAGAAAUUCUUAUUGAUGAAGGAUUUAAAAAAGCAAUUUCAAUAUGUAUUAAUGAUUGUUAUGAAACUGUUAUUAGAACACUUAAUAAUAUUACUUCUAUUAAUAAAAUGAAUGAGUGUUUUAAAUCACCAUUUUUUAUUGAAUUAUUAGAUAAAAUACCAAAUGAUUUAGCUGAUUCUAAUUUUUCAGAAGUAGUUGAAUAUUUUAUUUCAGUACUUUCAUUUGAAGAAUUUAGAAAAGUUUUUUGUAAACAUUCAGAAGCUAUAUUUAAUGGAUAUAAAUCAGCAAUUGAUAUUAUUGUAAAUCCAUUAUUUCCAAAAAAUGUUAAUGAAGAAGAUUUAAAUCAAAUAUGUAUGUCUAUAAAAUUAAUAUUUGAUUUAUUUAAUGAAUUUUAUCAAUUUAAAGAAACAGCAAAAUUAUAUGAUUCAAUUAUUGAAUUAACAAUAGCAUAUACUCUUCAUGGAAAUAUUUAUAAAGAAGAUUAUAUUCCAGCACCAACUCAAAAUCAUACAUGUGAAAUUCUUUGUCAUAUUGCUACAGUAGAAGAAUUUCUUUCACGUAUUUGGGAUAAACAUAAUGAAUUUAUUAAAAUUGCAUUUGAAACAUCAAAAAAUUCAAGAAUGAUGGAUAUGCAAAAACAUUGUAUUGGUAUUAUACAAUCAUUUUCAACAAAUAAAGAAUAUGUUUCAAUUUUAUUAAAAGAAGGAAUUAUGGAAAAAUUAAGUUCAAUUUUUAAUGAAAAUAAUAUGAUGAAUCAACCAUUAAUUUAUAGGUCUAUUUCAGUUUUACAAAAUUUUACAAUUUUAGCAGAAGAUAAGAAUGAAGUUUGUAAUGAAUUUGCUCUUAAAAUAAUUAUUAUUACUUUUAAAUAUAUGACAAAUAUUGUUAUACGUUAUUCUGCUGUUCAAGCAUUAAGAAAUAUUUUAAAUUUUAAACCUGAAUUUUCAGAAUUAUUAAAAAAAGAAGGAUUAAAUGCACUUAUUGAUGUUUGUCUUGGAAAAGAUGAAGCACAAGAAAAAAAAGAUGAACCAGAUAAAAGAGUUAGAUUUGAAGCUACUAGAAUUUUAAUACGAUUACUUAAAGAAAAUAAAAGUAUUAAAGAAAUUCUCAAUAGAGAUAAUGAUAUUUAUUCUUGUUUAUUGGAAAAUUUAAAAACAGAUUAUGCUAUUCUUAUUAAAGAAGUUAUGGAAUUAUUAAUUAAUUUCUAUAACAAUAAUAUUAUUUUACCAAAUCAAUUUAAUCUUCAAAUUAAAGAAAUUGUUAAAGAAAAAUUAUCUACUAUUUUAGCAUCACCAAAAGAUAAUCAAUUAUUGAAUAAAGAUAUUCUUGAAUUAUUUGAAAAAUUCUUAACAUUUUAA